GUCCUUAGAAGUGUUCCCACAUCACACAAAACAAGGUUUCAGCACAGUGAAGUAAAACCACCAAAAAAACCAUACGAAAUGCUGUGCCCGUGGCAGUUUGUGUUCAAAUCUCGUGCUGCCAGGAGCCAGUACCCCAGAGAGAAGGACAUCAACAACAACGUGGAGAAAAAUAGGAAGAUCCAUGGCUCAGAAAAGGAUGAUGCCAAGCUGCACAAUCCCAGCAAGAAGCAGAUGGAGAGGCUGCCUGUCAUAACUUCAGCAAAGCCCAGUGAGGGAGGACAGAAUCUCCCUCCAAAGGACAUCAAAGUUUCAAACCAAAUAUCAGGAUGUCCAAGACAUGUAAAAGUAAGAAACUUGGAAAAUGGAUCCAGCUUUCUUGACACACUACACCUGACUGCAAAAGAGGUUAUCAAUUGCCAGACCAAGGCCUGCCAAGGGUCGAUCAUGACCCCAAAGGGCCUGGUGAGAGGUACCAGAGAUGGGCCAGUUCCACUAGAGGAUCUUUUGCCUCAGGCAAUAGACUUCCUCAAGCAAUACUACAGUUCAUUUAAAGAGCCAAAAAUCAACGAACAGCUGGGCCGGCUGGAAGCAGUGACCAAGGAGAUAGAAACAACAGGAACCUACCAGCUGACAAAGGAGGAGCUGACCUUUGCUGCCAAGCAGGCCUGGAGGAAUGCACCCAGGUGCAUCGGCAGGAUCCAGUGGUCCAACCUGCAGGUGUUUGAUGCACGGGACUGUAAAACAGCCAAGGAAAUGUUUGAGCAUAUCUGUCAUCAUAUUCAGUAUGCCACAAACAAUGGUAAUAUAAGGUCAGCCAUCACGGUGUUCCCGCCCAGGACGGACGGGCAGCACGAUUUCCGCGUGUGGAACAGCCAGCUGAUCCGCUACGCGGGCUACCAGAGGCCAGACGGCUCCGUGCUCGGAGACCCUGCCUCUGUGGAGUUCACUCAGUUGUGCAUCGAGCUUGGGUGGAAGCCGAAAUAUGGCCGCUUUGAUGUACUUCCACUUGUUCUCCAAGCAAAUGGCCAAGACCCAGAAAUAUUUGAAUUACCUCCAGAAAUUGUCCUCCAAGUGCCCAUGGAGCAUCCAAAGUACGAGUGGUUCAAGGAGCUGGAUCUGAGGUGGUACGCGCUGCCUGCCGUGGCCAGCAUGCUGCUGGAGGUGGGAGGGCUGGAGUUCACCGCGUGCCCCUUCAACGGCUGGUACAUGGGCACCGAGAUCGGGGUGCGGGACUUCUGCGACGCGCAGCGCUACAACGUCCUGAAGGAGGUAGGGAGGAGAAUGGGGCUGGAAACAAACAAACUGUCAUCAUUAUGGAAGGACCGAGCUGUUGUAGAGAUCAAUGUGGCUGUGCUGCACAGCUUCCAGAAGCAGAACGUGACCAUCAUGGAUCACCACUCGGCCUCUGAGUCCUUCCUGAAGUACAUGCAGAGCGAGUACCGCGCGCGCGGCGGCUGCCCCGCAGACUGGGUGUGGAUCGUGCCUCCCAUGUCAGGCAGCAUAACCCCCGUGUUCCACCAGGAGAUGUUGAACUAUGUCCUCACUCCCUUCUAUUACUACCAGGUGGAUGCGUGGAAAACACAUGUGUGGCAUGAUGAGACCCGGAGACCAAAGAAAAAAGAAAUAAAGUUUAGCAUCUUGGCAAAGGCUGUGCUCUUUGCCUCCUCACUCAUGCGAGGGGCAGUGGCCACCAGGGCCAAGGUGACCGUGAUGUACGCGACGGAGACGGGCAAGUCGGAGACGCUGGCCAGCAACCUGUGCAGCCUGUUCAGCUGUGCCUUCAGCACCAAGAUCCUGUGCAUGGAUGAGUACAAUAUUUGUGACCUGGAAAAAGAAACACUUCUUUUAGUGGUUACUAGCACUUUUGGAAAUGGAGAUGCUCCAGGUAACGGAAAGACCUUGAAGGACUCCUUGCUCAGACUGAAACUGCUGAGAAAUAAAAUUAGGUAUGCUGUGUUUGGUCUGGGGUCCAGCAUGUACCCAGAUUUCUGUGGCUUUGCUCACGCCAUUGACCAAAAGCUGGCCCAGCUUGGGGCUUCCCAGCUCACUCCAGUGGGUGAAGGGGAUGAACUCAAUGGGCAAGAAGAAGCUUUCCGCAGCUGGGCAGUCAGUGCUUUCCAGGCUGCCUGUGACAUUUUUAAUGUCCGUGGGAGACACAGUAUUCAGUUGCCUGCGAUCUACACCUCUGAGGAAAGCUGGGACCCUACCAAUUACAGGCUAGUGCAGGACUCCCAGCCCAUGGACCUGGCUAAAGCUCUUGCAAACAUUCAUGCCAAGGAUGUAAUUCCCAUGAAGCUGAAAUUCAGGCAGAAUCUUCAAAGUUCGAAGUCCAGUCGUGUCACCAUUCUGGUUAAACUUCACUGUGAGACUAAUCAGGAAGUGCACUACCUUCCUGGGGAGCACAUUGGGAUUUUCCCAGGCAACCAGGCAGAAUUAGUCCAUGGCAUUAUUGCACGUGUCAAGGAUGCCCCUCCAGCUGACCAGACUGUCAGGCUUGAAACCUGCAUUGAUGGUGGGUACUGGGCAAGUCACAAAAAGAUUCCAGCCUGCACACUACCUGAGGCUUUGACAUACCUGCUUGAUAUCACCACUCCACCCUCCCAACAGCUGCUAAGAAAGCUGUCCCAGCUGGUGACAGCAGAAGGAGACAAGCAGAGGCUGCAGGUGUUGUGUCAGAGCACAGAAGAAUACAAUAAAUGGAAGUUUUACAACAGCCCAAACGUGUUGGAGGUGCUGGAGGAGUUCCCCUCUGCUGAGGUCUCCACAGCUUUCCUGCUGACCCAGCUGCCCCUUCUGAAGCCCAGGUACUAUUCUGUCAGCUCCUCCUGUGACUUGACAGCCAGAGAGAUUCAUCUGACAGUUGCAGUUGUAAACUACAGGACAAGAGAUGGAGAAGGGCCUUUGCACCACGGAGUCUGCAGCACGUGGCUGAACACAAUAGAGCUCAAUGGAACCGUUCCCUGCUUCAUCCGCAGCGCUGAUGAUUUCCACCUCCCGGAGGAGCCGGCCAAGCCCUGCAUUCUGAUCGGCUCGGGCACGGGCAUUGCCCCCUUCAGGAGCUUCUGGCUGCAGCGCCUCUACGACCUGGAGCACAGAGGGCUCAGAGGAGGGGACAUGACCUUGGUGUUCGGCUGCCGGCGGCCAGACCUGGAUCACAUCUACAGGGAGGAGACUGAGGAGAUGAAGAGGAGGGGAGUCCUCAGAGAUGUCUACACAGCUUACUCCAGACUGCCUGGCCAAGAGAAAGUGUACGUGCAGGACGUGCUGCAGGCGCAGCUGGAGGCCCGCGUGUGCGAGGUGCUGCAGGGGCAGCAGGGCCACGUGUACGUGUGCGGGGACGUGCGCAUGGCGCGGGACGUGGGCGCGGCGCUGCGCGCGCUGCUGGCGCGGGGCCUGCGCCUCAGCCCGCAGCAGGCCCACGAGCACCUGCAGCAGCUCAAGAGCCAAAAGCGAUACCAUGAAGAUAUAUUUGGGGCUGUGUUCCCACAUGAAGUCAAAAGAGCUUUGCAACCCACCAGCUGAAGAACAAAUCCACUUGUGUUUUAGACAAUACUUGCACAUUUGUUGUUAUUUUCAAAAAACAGAGUCAAAUCCUCCUUCUUAUACUUGUUCAAUCAUGCAUGUGUAUAGGAUUGUAGGAUUUGGCUCUUAAACUUCAGCCUUAAUUAAGUAAAAUAUUAAAUUUAACUUUUGUUGCUAUUUAUUCUGAAAUUUUAAUACAUCAUCUUAAUACUGAAAGUGCAAAUUAUUUUUUUAAUACCACCUAUGCUAGUAUAAUCUGGUGGUUUUUAUACACACAAGGAAAAUCUACAGUUUUGUACUAAGUUAGCUAGAGCUGAAAUAUUUUUUUUUAUGUAUUGUUUAUCUUUGCUACCUUAUUUACAUCAGAUUGGUUUACUGGCAUACUAUCUUCACUUGAAAGCAAGUGAGUGCUUGGUUGUGUUGCUGUGAUUUGUCUGGCCACAUGCCUGGAUCUGGAGCAAAGUUUGCAAAUGAAAUAAUAAUGUGCUGGUCCCCAGGUGGCAACACCUGCUGCAUCCACCUCGAUGUGUCUGCUCAGCAGGUAGCAGUGGGGAACUCAGGUACACGAACAUCAGCUGCUGUUGUUACAGAGCCUAUAGCAGGAAGGUUCCAAAAAUUCCAAAGCACUUUGUACAUUUGAAUUCUAUGCUCUGGUUUACUUGAUUUGUUUGUAAUAAAAUCUGUCUUUAUAUGGAGGCAAAGCGUGUGGGUCAGUUAGCUCCUCUUGCUCUUGGCUCCAGCCUGCACAGGCAGAGGUAACAAGCAGCUCAGGCUGUGGUGAGGUGGGCUUGGCUCCUCCUGAGCUGAGGCAUCUCCAGGAGUUUCAGUCUGCCUAUCAGCAGUUCUGCAUUUUUGUUACUGCCAGGCAAGUGUGAG